AUUGAGAACCGUGUGUCGUCGCCGUCGGAUUUGAUUGGAUGUUGAGUUCGGUUUCGUGUUUCAAUCGCUUGAAUAAUAAUAUACGAAUUAAGCAUUAGCAGCCCGCAAAUCUGAUCGGAAGUUCCGGGCGCCAGGGGCUUUUCUCCCAACGCGGUUACGUGACAAGUGUUGAAAUGCGCCAUUGAAGAGCCGCCAAGUUCGCGAGCCUCCAAGCACCACAACCGGCUAGACAUUGAAUCGGGUUCGAGAAUUUGUCAACAGCCGAAUAAGUCAUGGUUGAGAAGGCCUCGAAUGCGUUUACGCUGGAAAAGCUCCGCAAUCUGCAAUGGCAGAAGGUGUUUCAUAUGUUCUACAUAGAACCGGUUGUCUUCAUGCUGCUGUUCUCGCACACGUUAUCGGGCACCAUCCAGCGGAACCAGGUCAUCUACCAGACCUGUACGGUGAUCUUCCACUACAAUGAGUCUGAUUGCAAGCAGCUGGACGCGAAGAAUGCCAGUGCCGAGAUAAACGCCAUUGAAACGGAGCUCCAACCCUAUGUGGCCAACCUGUUCCUCACCCGCACUCUCCUGGAAAGUAUUGUUCCUGCCUUCUGUGGGCUGUUCAUCGGCUCCUGGUCGGAUCAUUAUGGGCGGAAACCCCUUCUCAUUGUUUCCAUGAUCGGAUUCUCCGCGUCUUUCCUGAUGAUGGCCGCCAUUUGUGAACUGUCGAGCUACUAUGUGAUCAAUCCCUGGUGGUACAUCAUGGCAGCUGUUCCCCAUUCCCUGCUAGGCGGGAACUGCGUCUUCUCGGUGGCCGCCUUCUGUUUCAUCUCCGACAUCACAGAUUGCAAGUCCCGACCUUACCGUAUGAUCUUCAUGGAGUCACUUUUCUUCAUCGGCCUGACUAGUGGAUCCCUGCUCUCCAGCUUUGUUUACGCGGCAGUGGGAUCGGCAGCGACUAUUGGGCUUUCCGGCUGCAUUGUGACCUUUGCCACAAUCUUCGUCAUAUUCUUUGUGCCCGAAAGUCUGCACUAUCGUCAGGCGCAGGAAACCAAGAACGCGAUCGCAGCAAACGGGGAAAAGGAUUGCAAAGGAAAGGAUGUGCCUGUAAGCGCCUGUGAUAUGCAACUUGAUCGAGUGGCCAUCGACUGCCCACCCACCUUCAUGGACAGCGAAGAGCCGGAGAAGGAGAAGAAGAUGGAGUUGCCUACUCCGGCGACUCCUGCGAUGAGUUUCGACGAGGAUCUGCUGGCCAAGUACGUGGAGCGCUUACCCCAAAAGGCGGAGGAACGCCAGCGGAAGCAGGCGGAGGAGCUGGUUAAGAAGGCGGGUCUGUUCAGCAUGGUCCACAUCAAAGACAUGAUUAGCACCUGCUUCAAGCCGCGUGACCAUCAUGCACGCGCCAUCAUCUGGCUGGUCACCCUUGCCAUGUUCCUGUCCAUCUUCGUCUUCGAUGGCGUGAUGACUGUGAUGUACCUAUUUGUCCGCGAGAAAUUCCACUGGACAGUGCGGGACUACACGUUCUUUGAAACUGUCAGCCACCUGGUUCCCAUGAUUGGUGCUCUCAUUGGAUUCCUUAUCCUGCGAAAGGUCUUUCGUCUUUCGGUUGUGACCUUAGCCCUGCUCGCCUUCUUUUCGGAGAUCGUGAACAAUCUGGCCAAGGGCUUUGCCACGAUGCCAUGGCACAUGUACCUCUCGGUGGCCCUGGGUGUUUUUCGGUCCAUUUCAGGGCCGAUGUGCCGCACAAUAGUGUCCAACAUUGUACCUCCCUCUGAUUUGGGCAAGAUUUUCUCCAUAAAGAAUGUGCUGCAGUCGUUCGCACCGUUUGUGGCGGCUCCCCUUUACACCCUCAUAUACAAGCGAUCGCUUACCACAUACCCAGGUCUGUUCAACUUCGUCAGUUCGUUCCUGUACCUGCUCUCGUUCGUGUUUAUCGGAUACGUUUUACGGAUCAAAUACCGACACAAGCAGCACUACGCCAAGGUUCUGAAGUGAGCGAGUCAGCGAAUCUGUGGUCAAAUUAACGUGUGAUCAUCCCAAUCGAGCAAUAAACAUUUACAAGUGGAGCGAAUUUAAAGAUGCAAAUCCGGAAAUCAUCGCGUAACUGCGAGGGAUAAUCAGGCAUUGGUUAAACGAAUGGAUCUUCUUUGACUUGUUUUUUUUGUUUUAAGACUUAGUAUUAUGAGAGCUUUAAGAUAAAAUUAAGAGUUCCUCUAUCGCCUAGACAAUUACAUUGUUACUUACGCCGAA